AUGACGCAGAGGAGGAAGGCGUCGUCAAAAAGGCGCGCAGCCGCCGCCGCCGGCAGUGCUGGUGCCAGCGAGCAGCGGGAACCGGCAGCACACAAGCCGCCGAGCCCAAAGAAGAGCAAGCUCAAGCCCAUCAGCGCCAAAAUGAGCAAAGACGCGCUCAUCAAGCGCCUGCAGGCGCUGCAGGAAGAGCUGCAGAGUACCGCAGAGAAGAUGUCGGCAGACCAGGUGCCGCCAAAGCAUGUGCUGGACAUGGCUGCGGAGCUGGUUCGACCCGCCAUCCUUCGCCACAAGGAUGCAGAUGUGCGCCGCUACGCCGCAUUAUGUCUGGCAGAGUUUCUCAAACAUCCAACUGCCAAGCCAUUCGACACCACUCAGGAGCGGAAAAUCCUGAAGCUGUUUGUGGACGAGCUGCGUGGCUUGCAGGACCUGAAUGGCAAUGCGUACCCAGAAUACUUCUCCUUGCUUGAGACGAUUGCCAACAACCACAUCUUCCACCUGUGCCUCGAGGUCGGCGACGAGGGCAUGAUCCACUCGAUCUUUGAGCUCUUCUUUGGCAUCGUCACCCCAAAACACAGCACCAAGCUCGUGUCUGACAUGGCGGACAUUCUGUCCUCCUUCAUUGAGAGCGGCAUGGAUCUAGAAGACUCUCUUCUCGAUGUCCUCUUCAAGCCUCUUCUUCCCCGAUGCAAGACCCGAAACUCUGCCGCCGCCAACCUGGCCACGCUUGUGCUGCAGCAAUGCGUCGCCCCCUUGCAGUUCUCCGUCCACAACUACUUCAACGGGCUCCUCGGGCUCACGGACGGGUGCGAGAGUGCGCUGGUGAAGGAGGGGUACGAUGUGAUUGAGGCCGUCGCUGCCGUCGACCCAGCCAUCCUCGUCCGCGUGCUGCCACAACUCGAACAUCAGCUUAAGAUGGAGGAGCUUGGACCACGUGAGCGCGCCACCAACCUUCUUGGGCGGAUCUUCGGGAAACCGGGCAUUGAUGCUGCUGCCCAGUAUCGCUCCCUCUGGGCCAUGUACCUCGGCAGGAUGGAAGAUAUCCACGUGGACAUUCGCAAGAGCGUCUGCAAAGCCCUCUACGACAUCAUCACCAACUACCCGCGCUCCCUCGCAUCAGAGUGCUUCGACAAGCUGCACCGUGCCCUCAUGGACGUUGAUGAGCGUGUUCGUGCCGCCGCCACCGCCAGCGUUGCGCGCCUGUGCGAAUCGCACCCGUCACUGCUUCGCUUGGAGUUUCUUGAGCACUUUGCACUCCGUCGCCGCGACAAGAAACCGCCCGUUCGCCGCGCCGCCCUCAAGGGCCUGGCCGACCUCUUUGUCGCCUCCGUGAACACCAUGAGCGGAUCUGUUGUUCCGCAGCGCGCGCUGCUCGCCGCCUCGCACAUCGUCCUUGCAAUGCGCCGCCCAGAUGUCGACGACAGGUUCUUUGUGCUGAAAUUGCUGCACCGUCGCCUCCUCCCUGCAAAUCUCAGCGCGGGCGAGCGCGCGAAGCGGCUGUGCAUUCUCUGUCGAGGCGGGCACAUUCCUGCAGGGGAUGAUGGUGAUGCGAGCGGUGAUAAGCACAACACGUCCACGGACACGCACGCAGCGCAGCAGCAACAGCAAGCCGUGCACGGCGAUGUGCAGGGCGCGGCCACAAUGUUUGUGGCGUGGAUAACGGCUGCUCGUACGCGUUUGCACGCAUACCUCGAGGCGUUUGGUCAGAUCCAGAACAAGUCCAAGGGACUCAACAUGGAUGAUGGUGACGAUGAUGACGACGAUGAUGCGCACUCGAAUGAUGACGGAAACGACGACAAGGGAGAUACACCGCGCUCUGCAACGCCACAGCAGCGGCUGCAACUCACACGCGCCGCACUCGCCCAGAUGCUGCCUGAGGACAGCGCACAAACGCAGGAGCGGAUGCAGAAAUUGGAGAGUUCAUCGCUGAAGCAGCUGGUGCCGCUGCUUUCUCGCCUCUGCACCGAGGAUGCACCGCUCACCGCCCUCGAGAUUGCCACAGUUGAGUCUGAGGUGGCAGAGAAGGCCGGGAGCGCGAAACCGCUCGCGCUGAGCAUGUGCAUCCUCGCUGCCCCCUUCUGCUCGACACCGAGCUCAUUGACUCGCCACACUGCGGUGACCGACCUGACGCGUGACGGCCUGGCGCUGGCGCUGCUGCAUCGCAUGGCCACUUCGUAUCCGUCGCGUUUCGCCCGCGAAUCUGUUGCGCGCCGCCUCCACACGCUCCUCAAGCCCGCAACCGCAACGCCUUUCACAAUCCCCGCGCUGAAACUGCUGACUGCAGUUGGUCCGGCCAUUCACAGCACAGCACCGGAGCUUGCAAGUCUGUUUGAGGCGCCCCUCCUUCGCCUUGCCACAACGACACGCGAUGCGUCCAUUGCCAAGCGCGCCGUGCAGGCCGCCGCCGCCAUGUUUGCUGAUGCCGCGACCGAAGAUGAGGACGGGGACGAAGGCAAUGACAGCUCCCCGCCAACUCAGCAACAGCAGCUGCUCAAGCGCAUCGCAAAGGCGUGUGUUGAAGAUCUCAGUCUAACGUCGCAGCGUCUUCUCCCGGCCCUCAAGGCGCUUGGGUACAUUGCCCUGCUUGAGCCAACCGUGUUUGCUGCCUUUGAUCGCCAAAUCACAGUCAACUUUGUCGUCAAGCAACUCCUCAUGAACAACGAGGAGCCCGAGAUUGAGGAACCGCCAGACGACGCGCCGGAAUGGACGGACGAGCCCACGCUUGAGUGCCAAGCAAAGGUCCUGGGCAUCAAGCUGCUUGUGCGGCGUGUGCUGGGUAAAUCCCAGCGGCCAAACAUCACGGAGAAGCAGCUCGCUGACGCAGCGGACCCGUGCAUUCGCAUCCUCACCGCCAUUCUUGUUGGAAUGGGCAACUUGCAGCGUGACAGCAUCACCCCUCUUGUUGACCGCAGUCGCCUCCGCCUCGCUGCCGGCUGUGCAUUCCUCAAGCUUGCACAGGACCCGCGCCUUCGCUCCCGCAUCGACAACCCGCUCUUCCGGCAGCUCGCCACCCUUGUGCAGGAUUCGUGCGUGCAAGUGCGCAAGCGUUUCUGCGCAAAGAUUGAGCAUGGACUAGAUGCGCCCGGACACAAGCUGCCGCUCUCGUACAUGUCAAUGCUCGUGCUGUCGGCGAUCGACCCAGAGCCAGAGUGCAGGGAGCAGAGCGCUGCGUUCUUGCGGUCCAUCAUCAAGAAGCGACGCAAGCUGGCCGCACGCUUGCCACAAGCCAUGCAGCCGCUCCACCUGCCAGAGUACGUGUUGCCGCAUGUCGUGCACUUGAUUGCGCAUCACCCGGACUUUUCCCUGGACGACCAUGCAGCGCUGCACAACACACAGACGUACCUCGACUUCCUCUUCGCCCAACUCUGCACCCGCGGCGAAGAGGAAUACACGUUCCUCAAGUCUCUCGUGGAGGUCAUGAAGCUGGCUGAAGAUCGGCACGGAGACUCAAAGAAUGUGCGCGCUGUGUGCGAUCUUGCGCUCCUCGUCAUUGCCAGACGGUCUGAGCGACCUGGCUGGAAACUUAAGUCGUUUCCCGGCGACCUCGUGUUGCCAUCUGCUCUGUUUGCCAGGCCAAAAACGGCAAUCGAUGGAAGCAAGAGAGUUUUGCCUGAGUCGUUUCAACUUCACGCGUCGCACCCAACAAAGAGUCGAGCGACACCCAGAGGAAAAGCACCAAGAACGCCCACCAAGACCCCGACAAAGAGAAGGACGCCCAAGAAGACACCAGCUUCUUCAGCAAAGAAACCAACGCCACAGCCGACACGGCGCAAUGCGUCGCGUGCCGCGAAGAAGAACAUUCGCUCCAUGGCUGACAUUGACGACGACGAGAUUGAGCGGCAGACAUGGGUGGAGGACUCCUGCCGCAAAUCGGCUCGCAAGCAGCACAGUGCCCGCAGAAGUGGCGGACGCGACUCCAUGCGUUCGGGCCACCCCUCGGCGUCGUCCUCUGAUGAGGGCGAGAGUGAAGAUGAGGCAGACCACUCGACAAAGAGACCAACAUCUACACGAGCAAACACACGCUCAGCCAUGGACAUGCAUGACGACAGUGAGCAGAGCAGCAGUGAUGAGAGCCAGGAGAACGAAAAGGAGAACGAGACACGGCAUGGAGGACGCUCAAGCACUCGCAAAGACAGCAUCCGCCCCUCCCGUCGCGCCGCCUCCCCAGAUGCCAGCGACAACGACAGUCAUGAUGAUGCUGGCUCUGCCUCCUCGGGUCUCGCUCGGAGGUCGAGUGCAAAACGCACAGCGUCCACCGCGCGCGCAUCGUCGUCCACUCGCAAAUCACCAAGACAAAAGCAUGCUUCAUCUCCAACGCCAGCACCAAGCCCUGUUGAUACGGCACGCAAAUCACGUCGACAGAACAGCAUCGGUUCCGCACAAGAUUCACACCUCACCAAUACCGCCUCGGACGAGGACGAGGAAAGCCCUGACGAGCCCGUCGUGAUUCGGCGCAGCACCCGAAGGCGGUUGGCAGCAUGA